CAACCCGAACCGAAUUACACACUCGGGUCUGGACCCUGUGAUGUGUAUCAUAUUCAUGGGUAUUCGGUUCUUGAGCAAGCGAGUGUUGUGACUUCUGAGCUUCAGCACGUUUCGCACAAUGCGCGCCCUAGCAGCUCAAUUCUCUAAUUAUUUAUGUAGAAGAAGAACUGGGGUCAAUCUGCGACCUCGUAAUUUUUCAUCAAAUAAUGUCAAAGAUGAGCUAUCCAUUGAGGAUGAAGCUGAGAGAAAAGUUGGGUGGCUAUUAAAGACACUAUUUUUUGGGACCGCAAUUGUGGCAGGAUACCAGUUCUUUCCUUACAUGGGAGAGAAUUUGAUGCAGCAGUCUGUAUCGCUUUUACGUGUCAAAGAUCCCUUGUUUAAAAGGAUGGGAGCUUCUAGAUUGGCUCGUUUUGCAAUGGAUGAUGAAAGAAGGAUGAAGAUACUUGAGAUGGGUGGAGUUGAUGGGCUCUUAAAUAUGUUAAGCACGGCUAAAGAUGACCGCACACGGAAAACAGCGUUGAAUGCUCUUGAUGCACUGUCACACUCAGAUGAAGUUCUUGCAUCCUUGCAUCGUGCUGGGGCCAUUUCAAUUAUUAGGUCUGCACCAAAUUCACUUGAGGAUGCAGAUGUCGAGAGAUUCAAGUUGAGCUUGAUGAAAAGGUUCCAGGAUCAGAGGUAUGAUGUGUCAUCAUGACUUUUACUUGAGGUUCUUGCCUGUGUUUUUGGGGGGUUGGUUUGGAGCAUAUAAAAAUCAGGAUAUGAGACAGUAAGCUGGCCAGUGUGAGGAAGACUGGAAAUUGCUGUGUAUCUUUUGACUAAAUCUAAUAGGAGAUUAUAGCUCAACUACUAUUUUGGUUUUUUUCAUUUCGCAUGUGCAAUUUGCUGCUCAUUGCUGGAAUCAUUUACUUGUCUUGUAUGUGGUCUGGACUCUGGAGGAAGGUUGUGGUUCUUUGGUUGCCUUCCUAAUGCUUCAUGUGUUUUCAACAAGCUCUGCCAGGGGUUAACUUGGGAAAAUUUAAGGUUGGAUUAAUU